CUAUUUUUAUCAUAUAAUUGAGAGAGAGAGCAAUGAAGGAGCACUAAAGAUUAUUAUUUUAUAAUUUAAAAUUAAUAUUUUAUAAUGUUAAUAAACAAUAUGUUAAAGUUUUUUAUUCGUUUAAGUGUGCUGAGCAUAGGUAUAAACUAUGCUACGUCGUCGACAUGUCAUCAGCUACAACAGUCGCAGAUGGCAUCGCUCAAUGACAGAAUGAACCAGAUGAUCAGUGCUCUAUAUUCGUAUUCCUCACCACUAAUAUCAAAGUCACAAUCAAGUACCAGCUCGUCAACUGACUACCAGCCUUCACCGCCAACUUACGAAUACGUCGAAUACGCUUACCCUUCAACCUAUUCUUCAUCUCCUCCAGUAUUCUACGUCUCCCAAACCCCCCCUCAAACUCAGGUGGCUAUAGCUCCUACAUCUGGUAACUCAGUUACUAUAACUUCUACAACGACUCCAUAUUAUCCAUACGAGAGCUCACCACCAAGCGAGCACUCUUACCCACCAAGCUCCCGCACUUAUAACUACGAUUAUCAAGUUUCUUCGCAACCAUCCCAAUAUCAGCCUACAUCACAACAGUCCCCAAACCAGCCUAGUCACCCUCCUCAAUAUCCACCUGCUUCACAGUAUCCACAAAACCAACAACCAUCAUCUUCCCAAACUUAUCAGUCAUCUCCACAAUAUUCGUCUGCGUCACAACAAUAUUCACCUUCCAAUCAUCAGUAUCCAACGGAGUAUCAAACGCCACCUUCACAAUACCAACCUACUCAAUCUGCGCAUUAUAAUCCACUUCCACAGCAGUACCAACAAUCGUCACCAUCUUCUUCAUCCUCUCAAUUCCCCCCUCAGCAACACUCAAAUCCGUCCCAACAGUACUCUAACCCAUCCCAAACUUAUCCCCCUGCAUCAUCAAAUUACCCCCCUACGUCGACAAAUUACCCCCCUGCGUCGUCAAAUUACCCCCCUACGUCGUCAAAUUACCCCCCUACGUCAUCAAAUUAUCCCCCUACGUCGUCAAGUUAUCCCCCUCCAUCCCUAACCUAUCCUCCUCCAACCCCCAACUAUCCUCCAUCAGCUGCAAACCACCAAUCAUCGCCGCAAAACUACCCCCCACCAUCAAAUCCUCCACAACAUCCCUCAAGAUGUGAAUGUAACUAUCCAGAAUAUCCUCCAGCUCAUUGCCCCCACAGGGAUAUACCACCUCCCCCUAGCCCAUGCCCAACUAACCCCGUCCCUUAUAAUCCCCCACCUUACCCCAAAUCAUCCCCUUACCCCACACGCAGUUCUAUACUGCCGUCGUAUCCAACGAUCCCCUACGUUCAUGAUAUAGUACCACCCCCUUACUAUUCAUGAUUAAUUAGGCCAUAUUGAUGUAUAAUUAUUUAACAACAUGUCAUUAGGUAUUAAACAAAAAAAGAUAUUUAAACAAAUAUUUGUUUUAAUUAAAAUAUCUGAAGCUGUA